AUGGUCUCCUUCAAGCAACUUUCUGUUCCCGCCGUUGUCUUGCUCGGCCUUGCUGAGCAAGCUGCGGCAGCUCCUUACAAUACCAUGGCCGACAUCGACGUCCGCGAUGCCAACGGGCCUCUCGACUCCGUGAAUCUCGACCUUCUCGCCCGAGCUCUAUAUGAAGAUUCCGAUGUCGAACUUGUCGCCCGAGCUCUGCACGACCAAGAUAUGGACCUCGACCUCGUCGUCCGAGCCAUUUUUGACGAGAAUAUUGACCUUGAGACCCGAGCCGGCAUCCUCAGCGCCCUCAAGGCAGUCCCCAAAGCUUUCAAGGGCAUCUCCAAAAUCAAGAAUAUCAUCCCUGGAUCUAGCGCGCUUAAGAAGGCGGUUACCGUUGGCGUGAAGGCCAAGAACGGCAUCAAGAAGGUUGCCAGCAAGGUUGCCAACAGCAAGCACAAGGGCAAGACUUUUGAUCGUGUUCUCUCCUCUACCAAUACUUCCAUGGCUAUUGCCAACACGAAGAAGACCCUCUCGCCCUCGAAGAAGAAGGCCGCACCCAAGAAGAAGGCUGCGGCCAAGAAGGCUGCUCCCAAGAAGAAGGCCGCACCCAAGAAGAAGGCUGCUCCCAAGAAAGCUGCGGCCAAGAAGGCUGCUCCCAAGAAGGCCGCAGGCAAGAAGGGUAAGAAGCACUAA